AUGGCGUCGAAGCUAGAUUUAGUCCUUUUCAUGAUUUCUUUCUGCAUACUGGUUCCAAGCCUGAGAGCAUCCAUUGCUAACGACAGCAACGUUGGUCAGUUUGAUGCUGUCUGGAAGGAACGAGAGCUGAAAGCUGAGAAAACUGCCCUCAAGGCCUAUCAACGCAACCCUGAAAAGUUACCGACGACUUCAACGAAAGUGUUCAAGAGUAAGGUCGAUGAUUUAAACUUUGAAGAUGAUGAUCAGGUAAGCAACAUCACAGGGAGGCAUCUACUGGGGAAAAAAUACAAAGGGCCCUGCAAGGCCACAAACCCAAUCGACCGCUGCUGGCGAUGCAGGAAGGACUGGGCCAACGACCGGAAGAAGUUGGCCAGCUGCGUGAAGGGCUUCGGGCGCAGGACACGUGGAGGCAAGAGAGGCGAAUUCUACGUCGUCACCGACCCUUCCGACAGCAACGUGGUCGAGCCCAAGCCCGGGACUCUCCGCCACGCCGUCAUUCAACCGCAGCCGCUGUGGAUCAUAUUUGCACGCAGCAUGACUAUCAGGUUGACGCAGGAGCUCAUAAUGACGAGCCACAAGACAAUUGACGCACGUGGAGCAAAUGUGCGCAUUGCUCAUGGUGCUGGGCUCACGCUCCAGUUCGUCCAGAAUGUCAUCAUCCAUGGGCUCCACAUACACGACAUUGUUCCGGGAAGCGGAGGCACGAUCAGGGACUCUGUGGACCACUUCGGGACCAGAACACAGAGUGAUGGAGAUGGGAUUUCCAUUUUUGGGUCGUCUCACAUUUGGCUCGACCAUCUGUCUAUGUGGAACUGCGCAGAUGGGCUCAUCGACGUCAUCCAAGGCUCCACGGCCGUCACCAUCUCCAACUGCCACUUCACCCGUCACAAUGACGUGUUGCUGUUUGGGGCGAGCGAUUCGUUUGCAGGGGAUGCGAUUAUGCAAAUUACGGUUGCGUUCAACCAUUUUGGAAAGGGAUUGGUGCAGAGAAUGCCAAGAUGCAGAUGGGGAUUUAUCCAUGUUGUGAACAAUGACUAUACACACUGGCUCAUGUAUGCCAUUGGAGGUAGCUCACACCCAACUAUUAUCAGCCAGGGUAACCGUUUCAUAGCCCCACCAAACCACGCUGCAAAGGAGGUGACGAAGAGGGACUAUGCGCCGGUGGGUGUGUGGAAGAAUUGGCAAUGGAGAUCAGAAGGAGAUCUCAUGUUGAAUGGAGCCUUCUUUGUUGAAUCUGGAGUUGCUAAAAAGAACCAUGGAUUUGGAAAGCUGGACAUGAUGACUGCGAAGCCAGGCACAUUCGUUUCAAGGCUCACACGCUUUGCAGGUACACUUGGUUGCAGGGUUGGCCAAAAAUGCUAG